ACAUUACUGUAAUCGAUAAUUAUCGGAAUCAACUGCUGGCCUUGCAAUUUUUUUUUAAGUACAGAAUAGUUGAAAAAUGCAUAACGCUGACUGGAUGACGAAGUUGCCACCACAUCUACGAGCGAUGUCAAUUGUUUAUUUAGCAAUACCAGGCUCACACAAUUCAAUGACAUACGGCAUAUCAAAUCACUCUAAGAUCGCUGGUGAUGCCACUAAAGUAAUGCGUUAUUUAUAUCAUGUAUUUCCAUGGUUUGUACGUCGUUGGGCGAAAACACAGGCAGCAACAGUCGUUGAGCAACUAAGGUUAGGUGUUCGUUAUUUCGAUUUACGUGUUUGCUUGAAAGACGAUGACUUUUACUAUACACAUGCAGUUAUUUCAAUGGAUGUAACUAAACCGCUUUAUUAUAUACGAGAGUUUCUUAGUAAACAGCCAGGAGAAACUGUUAUACUAGAUUUCCAACACUUUUAUGAUAUGAAUGCUGUUGACCACAUGAGACUCCAAAAAAUGUUGAUACAAGUUUUUGGAGAUAUGCUGUAUAAGCCCUCAGACGGACCACUACUUAAAUGUACACUGAAUUAUUGCACAAAGUUCCGUAAACAAGUGAUUAUUGUUUACAGAUAUAAUUCGAAUGCAUUACAUAAAGAUUUUUGGCCUAGCAAAAGCGUUUAUACGCCAUGGCCAAAUGUGUGUUCUAUAAAACUUCUCAAAGAGUUUCUUCAGCACAGCCUAAUGUCACGUCCACCAACAGAUGGCUACGUAACACAAGUCGUAUUAACACCAGAUGCCAAAUAUAUUAGCUUACGAUUUUAUUCACGAUUAAAGACCACAGCAAAAAGAGUUGAUAGGAAAAUGAUUCCUUGGAUUAGUGAACAGAUUCCCGGACCUUAUACAUGUCGUAUUCCAAAAGUCAAUAUAUUAAUUGGAGAUUUCAUUGAAUUAAAUUCUGCAGCUUUCUGCAAUACAAUCAUACAAUUAAAUGAAAAAAUACAAAUUGAUUUUACGACGCAAGUUGAAUGUCCAGAAAUACGUACAGGCAGAAUUGACCAUUUGGACGAUUCAAUUUAUUAUGAUGACUUUAAAGAAGGUUAAAUCUAGCUCAGUGUAAAAUCAAUUUGAUGAAGAGUGAAUAAACCGUUGAAAAAUGGUGGCUUUUAUCAUUACUAACACAGCUUCAAUGAAACACGUACCUGCAAUAUUAAGGCAAAUUAUUACACACUUUUAUAUAAGAGUUAUACUAUUUUUAUAUAUGCGUUUAUUAUGCAUUUUUAUGAUAUAUAAUCAGCCGAUGUUAUAUAUUAAGUUUUUAGCAGAACUUUUUUUUAAAAAUGGUUAUAAUGAUCAUUGCAUGAUUAUUGAUCAUUUAUAACCGAAAAUUUAACAUACUAAUUAAGGUUACGUAUUGUAUAAUAGUAUGAAGAAUAAUGGGUAUAAUAUGUA